AUGCAGUCUGGUAAGCUCUCCAAGGGCAGGAACUGCAUCUAUUCCAUCGAGGUGGCACAGCCUACCCACCCAGGAGAGAGGCAAAAGAUCCAGAAUAGCCACCAUGAUAUUGAAGAAACACAUGAUAUUGAAAGACUGACACUCUCCGACUUCGAGACAGAGUUACAGCAAUCAGGCAGUGUGGUGCUGGUGAAAGAAGAGAGAUCUCUAAAUGGGACAGAAACAGCUUUCUCUCUGGAAGACCUAUUUCAGAUGCUUUCAUCACAGCCUGAAAAUUCACUGGAGGGCAUCUCCCUUGGAAAUAUUUUUCCAGGAAGUAUCAGUGAUGGCAUGAAUUCUUCAACACAUAAUGUAAACUUUAGCCAAGCUGUAAGUCACGAUGUGAAUCUCCAUGAGGCCAUGUUGCUGUGUCCUGACAAUACAUUUAGAGGAGAACCAGGAGCAAGGACUUCACAACCACAAGAACCAUUUCUGCAGUUAAAUUCUCCCACUGCCAAUCCUGAACAGACCCUUCCUGGAACUAAUCUGACAGGAUUUCUUCCCCUUGUUGGCAAUCAGAUGAGGAAUCUAACAAGUCAAGAUCUUCUAUGUGACCUCGAUAUAAACAUAUUUGAUGAGAUAAAUUUAAUGUCUUUGGCCACAGAAGGUUUUGAUCCAAUGGAAGUGUCUCAGCUUUUUGAAGAACCAGAUUCAGAUUCUGGGCUUUCCCUAAAUUCAAGCCACAAUAGUACCUCUGUCACCAAGUCUAAUUCCUCUCGGUCUGUGUGUGAAGGUGCUACAGGUUGUAGUAGUGACCUUGAACCUCUUUCCCACCGUGACUUGGAAGGAGCUGUAGGAGGGUACUACCCAGAGCCCAGUAAGCUUUGUCACAUGGACCAUAGGAGUGAUACUGGUUUUCUUGGGGACGUUGCAUUUCAACACAUUUAUCAUAACCACACUUACCACCUACAGCCAAGUGCUCUAGAUUCCACUUCUAGAUCUUUUUCAUGGCAUGGGAAGUCACAGAAAAUAAGUGAGUACCUCAAUGACACAGACAGAAACUUAAGCCGUGAUGAGCGGCGUGCUAAGGCUCUGCAUAUCCCUUUUUCCAUAGAUGAAAUUGUCCGUAUGCCCGUUGAUUCUUUCAACAACAUGCUAAGCAGGCACUACCUGACAGAUUUACAAGUGUCACUCAUCCGUGAUAUCAGAAGAAGAGGGAAAAAUAAAGUUGCUGCUCAGAACUGUCGGAAACGCAAACUGGACAUAAUUCUGAAUCUUGAAGACGAUUUAUGUAACUUGCAAGCCAAGAAAGAAAUCCUUAAGAGAGAAAGAGCCCAGUAUAACAAAGCUAUUAACACAAUGAGACAAAAACUGCAUGACCUUUAUCAUGAUAUUUUUAGUAGGUUAAGAGAUGAUGAUGGUAGGCCAGUCAAUCCAAACCAGUAUGUUCUACAGUGCAGCCAAGAUGGAAGUGUUUUGAUUGUACCUAAGGAACUGGUGAGCUCAGGCCACAAAAAGGAAAACCGGAAGGGAAAAAGAAAGUGAGGAAACUGAAGACAGAUUCCAUUAAGAUGUAUAAGGUAUCAAACGGAUACAUGGCCACAAACCAUUGAAACUGCUUCAGAAGUUUGGCUCCAGUAUCUUUUUACUACUGCUACUUCAAUCACUCAGGGCUACGUUUUGAAGCUUUUGGACAAAUUUGUGGUUAGUUUUGGGGAAGCCACAACUUUUCAUGAAGCCGACUGCAUUAUAUGCAGGACUCCUGACAGGACAGUCCAGUCACUUGGUAACCAUCCCCAUCCCCACCCCCCGCCCCCAGUAAGAGCAAACACUGGAUGUAAAUUUUAAGCAUUUUGGUUUUUGUGACUUGAAAUGCAACAUAAUGUAGCUUUUAGCUUUAAGUAUUUUAGCACUGAAUAUAUGGAGUCUUAUAAAAGCUAUUUUAUCUUUCAAUGAAUACUUAAAUUACAACUUUCUGUGCAAAUUCUAUAUUUGAAUUUAUAAAAAUUUCUUAUAUAGAAAUUCUAACCGUAUUCAUCUUGGAUAUUUUUCUCCACAAAACCCACAUUCAGCUAUACAGGUGAUACAUGUAGCCAACAGGGCAGCACAGUGUGGGUUUUAGUAUUGCACAAAAAUUGAUCAGACUUAGGCCAAACAGUCACGCCUUCAACUUACCCAACUUCUAAACCAAGGUGCCAAGGAACAAAAUUGGGGCUUCAAAACAUUAGACAUUGUCUAAGGACAAAGACCUUUACACAGGUUUAUGCCUCUUGUAAGUAGACACAGCUACUUGCAUAUAGAGAAAUAGAACUACCAAGUUCAGCCAGCCUGUAGAAAUGUCUGCACAUCUGUAACGUGGACCUCUCCCCCAAAAGGCCUCAACAUAACUUAAUGUGAAAACGUCACAAGCAACACAAGCCAACAGUAGGGGAAAGGGGAAGUCAGUAGAGUAUGGGCUUUACAACCAAAUAAAACCUGGAAUAAUUGGAACCACAUGAAACACUCUUAAAUGCUUAAAAAAAGGCAAAAACAGAGUAAGUGAAUUUGAAAAUGAACUAAAUGAAAGCUCAAUAAGCUUAUUGCAACAGCAACCUGGAUAACUUUCUGAAAAUGUUCAAGGUUUGGCAACAUUAAAAUUAGUAGAGUCAACGUUGUCAUAAUGAUCUACCAAAGGAUAUCACAGGCGUACCACCUUGGUUUAGAGAAAUGCAGUGGUUUCAGAGUCUAGAUUUUUAACGCCUUAAACUGAACCUAGGUACGUUAUUUCAAGACCAGACUUUCAACAAAAUGCUUUGACAGUUUUGUAGUGCCCAGAAAUUACUUCAGAUCCACAAUUUAAACUUCCACAGUACUACCUACCUACAAGUAGCCUUAUCCACCCAAUUGUUAACACUUAUGACGGUGCACUAUCCUCAAAUCCCUGAAAAUAUCAAGCACCACAACAGAACUAUACACCAAAGGAUCAAACAUGGAUAAAUAGGGACCUAAGAACAGGGACUUAAAAUUUUGACAUUCACAUUAACCAAAGCUUAAAAUAGUUUGAAUCUGGAAAGUAUUUGGUGCAUUGUGACCAAAAGUAAAUGCACCAAACUUCCAAAGAAAAAUCUGGCCUCAAAGCAUGUAAACCUCAGCUGCUUACUCUCUCAUACCAGUUUCGGCAGUGGAAAUCCCACCGCCAAGAUUUUAGGACACCCGAAGGAUGACUGAAAUGUUCUGCUAGCUAGUGGUCUUAAAAUGUAAUUUUUCCUGGAGUUCAGAAAGGUUACAGAAAAGGAAAAUCUGAUCUAUUCAGCUUCAGAUUGUAGAAACUGACCAUGUUCAGAAUCUCAAAGUUCUCACUGAAGCUGUAUGCACUUUGCUUGGUAGAACUUGAACCAAACUGCUCACUGAGCUGUAUAAGACAUGGUUAUGCAGUCAAGACUGUUGUUACUGAGCAGCUUUAUCAAAACAAGGUUUCAAGGGAGGGGCAUGUGUCCUCAUACCCCCAGUGUGUUCCCAACUACUUGGUAUAGGGUUUACAAAUGUAAAUUUCAAGGGAAUCAGUAAGACUUAAGACCCCUGAGAUCAGUAAUGCUUACUCUUAGGCAACUAAUUAACCCUUAGCUGCUUUUACAUUUCCUGGUGGGUACCCCCCCUCCUGAAUCUGCAGCGGAAAGGCCCAAAUUUACAUUCCAGUUUGAAUUGGUCCCAACAGGAAACUGGUCUUACCUUCUUUACCUAUGGAAAAUAACUGUUAAUCCUGCAGUCAUUCAUCCAAUUAUAAAGUUAAAGAAAUCUGGUUGGUCAGCCAGAUUCUCAGCAUCUCAUUUGUGCUUUUCCGAAUAAAGCCUUCAUAUUUCACAAGUAACCAUCAACAGGUAUCCAUGUUGAACCACCUUACAGGUGAAAUUAGAUUUUCAAGUGUGUAAGAUCUCCAUGCAACAUGUACUAAAUAAUGUCUGGAUAUUUGGAUCCCUCUAAAGGCUGGCUUCAGUUCAGCAAGGACCUUUGGAAUAUAGCAGUCAGAAAACCCAAUUUGCACACAUCCAAGCCCCAGAACACAAUGUCAGCCUACAUAAUGCAUGUAUCAGAACUUAAAAACCUUUUUAUAGUUGGGAUCAGUCUUAAUUUUUCCCCCUUCUAUAAUCUUCAAAGAAAUGAAUCUGCCCCUUUCUUGGGUAGUCUACUCACCUCACUAGUUUGCCCAGUCACCAAAAAACCUCUUACAUCUAUGUGAUCGGCGCAGUAGUCAACAGUGGUGUGUUAUUAAAACUGAAUGGGGUCUAUCAACCACCCAGUCAUUCCAAAGCUCAAAAGAUCAGAUUUACUUAAAAUUUUGCCAAGAAUAUAUGUUUUUAGUAUAUUGGGAUGUCUUCUUUUUGGAAAGGAACCCACACUUGUGAACUAGUAAAUGUCAUUACUGAGAGUAUUCUUUUAAAGUUUCCUUAAAUUAACUCAGUACUCUAAAUACUUAGUACAAAGUUAUCCCUUUUAGACCAUCUUAGCUUGUAUCCAUACACCAGUUAUUUAAAACCUUACACGCAAUAGAACGAACCAGUUUCAGAAACUUCCAGUAAAGAUUAACUCUAAUGUGGAAGCCAGCCCUCAAUAUGGCUCCCAAUGAUGCUGGGUUCUCAGUAAUCCUAGAAGUAAACCCCUUCCAUCCACGAUGUGACCAUUAUAAUACAAAGUACUACUUCCAAAUGUUGAUUCUAUUGGGUUUUGAUUGCUCCAAAAGCUCGGUAUAGGUAAAGGAAAUAGCCAGCCCCAACUUGCCAACCCUGUCAGCAUGCCCUAGUGAAGUUUUUCCUAACUGCAACCUGAGCUUCAGCAAAAAUCACAGCUCUAAGUUUUCAAGUUGUUGACCUGCAAAUACUAUGUAAAGUAACAAAUUCAUUGUUGCUCCAAAUUGCUAAGUAUUGAGGUUAAAGGUUGAGCCUGAUGUAGUGAUAUAAUGCAGCAACAUAUGCGAAAAAAUGUUAUUUCCUUCGUUUAGAAAACUUAAAAACUACCUUAAAUCUGAAGUUCUAAUAGAAAUUAACAGCCCAAUAUACGACACACAAGGGAAAUGUCUAUGGUUGAUUAUUCAACAUUACCUUAGUUGCAAUAAGCCAGUUCAUUUCAGCCUAUUGUGUACUGAAUUUUCUUAAAAUUUGUCCUGAUUAAGGGUUGCGUACUUCAGGGUGUGUUGUCAUACACCAACUUGAUUUACCUCCUUUAAGUUCUUGGUAGAGCCGCAUUUUUAAAACCUUCAAAUAUUUACCUUAUUUUCAAGUACUCUUUAAGUUUACAGAUGAUGGACGCAUCUGUAUUUUAAGCAAGUAACAGCUUAGCUCAUCUUCUGUUAACCAUCAGUUUGACUUACCUGUGAGAUACCUCAUUAUCAAAACAAAAAAGUUAUUAAAUCAACUUUACUGUG